GGUGGUGCAAGUACUGUAGUUGCACGUAUUUUGCUGCGUUUUCUGGUUGACACCGUGUUUUACAAGCGGGUUUUGACGCUUCUGCUCGUACUUGUACUUUGUUAGGUGUUUUUGUUCUCCGUCAACGGUAACAUGUCGGCCAUUUGUCGGGUUUUCUAGAAGCCUUGGAGGAAGAGUUGUCGUCGGGGCCUGUUCUGGUUAUUUCCAUCACUGCCGCUGGCUAACAAGUCCCUAAACAGACAUGUCACUGGAGGACUAUGAAAGACAUUUCGACUCGCUAAAUUCGGAUUUGUGCGGCGGGUCUGUGGUCAGUGAGCGGUCAGCUUCGGGAACAUUUAAUGUCGAAGAGGAGAAGUUGCAUUACAUUCCUAUCAGGAUCCUCGGGAGGGGGGCGUUUGGUGAAGCUACUCUGUACAGAAGGACGGAGGACAACUCUCUGGUGGUAUGGAAGGAGGUGGACCUGAACUCGCUCUCAGAAAAGGAGCGCAGAGAUGUCAUGAACGAAAUAAGCAUCCUGUCCAUGCUGGAGCACAACAACAUCAUAGCCUACUUCAAUCACUUCAUGGAUAAAAACAGUCUGCUCAUUGAGUUGGAGUAUUGCAAUGGGGGAAACCUGUAUGACAAAAUCCUCCAACAGAAAGGGAAACUCUUCAGUGAGGAGGUGGUCAUAUGGUACCUGUACCAGAUCGCCUCAGCAGUGGCUCACAUUCAUAAGGCUGGGAUUUUACACAGAGAUAUCAAAACUCUGAACAUUUUCCUUACUAAGACUGACCUCAUUAAGCUGGGAGAUUAUGGCCUCGCAAAGAAGCUAGACUCUGAGUUUUCAAUGGCUGAGACUUGUGUGGGAACUCCGUAUUACAUGUCGCCUGAAUUGUGCCAGGGAGCAAAGUACAACUUCAAAUCAGACAUCUGGGCCAUGGGUUGUGUAGUUUUUGAAGUCUUAACUCUUACAAGAACGUUUGAUGCAACGAACCCGCUAAACCUCUGUGUGAAAAUAGUCCAGGGAAACUGGACUAUGGAGGUGAACUCGGAUGUUUAUUCAUCUGGAUUGAUCAAGCUGGUGUACGAGUGUCUCGAUCAAGAUCCUGCAAAGAGGCCCACGGCCGAACAGAUCCUGGAGCAGCCAGUCAUCUCCUGUUGCCGACAGGAGCUUGAAGAGCGAGUGGCCUUACUGAAUUCAGCAAUGAAGAAACCAAAGCUGAGCACAGUGACCGAGACCCCAGUUGCUGUGGUGACUACACGCUCGAGGGAGGUGUAUUUCUGGGGAGGAGGGAAGUUCACUCCCCAGAAAAUGGAUGCGUUCAAAGGAGGCAGCAGUGCCCAACACGUGUGUGCAGGGGAGAGUCACUUUGCAGUGGUGACGGUUGAAAAGGAGCUGUAUACCUGGGCUAAUGUCCAAGGCGGGGCCAAGAUGGUGGGCCAGCUGGGGCACGGAGACCAGGCCUCAUACCGGCAGCCAAAGAAGGUGGAUAAGCUCCAGGGGAAGGCCGUCCGACAGGUGGCGUGUGGGGCUGAUUUCACUGCCUGUGUCACUGACGAGGACCAGAUGUACAUGUUUGGGUCAGAUUAUUACGGCUGCAUUGGAGUAGAGGGCGAGAUGGGGAUGGAGAUUUUGGAGCCGGUGCUUCUGGAUUUUUUUGAGGAGCGACACGUCCGCCAGGUUUCAUGUGGAGACAAUCACGUGGUGGUGUUGACUCAGAGUGGCGACAUCUACUCGUGGGGCUGCGGAGAGUAUGGGCGUCUUGGCCUAGAAUGUGAGGAUGACUUCUCUUCUCCGAUGCAAGUGGAGAUUCCCAAAGGUGCCACCAUCUCCUCAGUGUCAUGUGGCAGUGAUGGAACCUUCUUUUUGACGGAGACUGGCAAAGUGCUAGCAUGCGGACACAAUGAGUUCAACAAGCUGGGACUGAACCAGGGACUCUCUGGUCUUAAAAACCACUCUGGAGAGGGUUCCCAAGUGAUCCCAUACAUCACCACACUGACCUUGGUAAAGCAGCUGUCACAUUUCAAGAUCCAGGUCAUAGCUCCAGGAAAGACCCACACAGCUGCCAUUGAUGCACGUGGUCGUCUUAUCACUUUUGGCUGCAACAAGUUUGGACAACUGGGUGUGAAGGACUUCAAGAGACACCAAGGUGUUCAAGUCCUUGUUGGACCGUUUGGAGGGAAGACAGUGACCAAAGUGUCUUGUGGAGACGGAUUCACUAUUGCAGCCACUGAAGACAGUCACAUCUUUGCGUGGGGAAAUGCCGGAAAUGGGAGACUUGGGAUGCCUGCUGAUAAGGGGUUUGGUUCAGAGGUUUGCCCUGCCAUGCCAAGGCCCAUCUUUGGUUCCCUCCACCACGUACCAGACCUUUCUUGCCGUGGCUGGCACACUAUUAUCAUCAUGGAAAAAGUGCUCAACUCAAAGACCAUCCGCUCUAACAGUAGUGGGCUAUCAGUUGGAAGUGGGUUGGGCCAGGAGGCCUCGAGUUCCACAGUGGAUCUGGACAUAGAACCUGGUUCUGAGACUGAGUGUCGUGACAGGGUUCUUGGAGGAACACUGGAGGUUAAUACAGAGGACUGCCUCAUGAUGACUCCGAUGAUGUCGAUGACAAAUCAGACUGCUGAUAGCUCCUGUCCUUUCUGGCUUAGAAAGGAGCUUGAAGAUGCAGAGUUCAUCCCAAUGCCGGACGAACGCGAUCCAUUCAGUCCUGACCAGCUCUCCUCUUUCUCUGAGAGCGUUACUCUACCGUACGAUGAACUGAAAGAGCUAAAGGCGGCAGCAGCAGCAGUCAGCAGUAAUACAGGCCUAUCGACAAAACGAAUGACCUGCGAUAAAGUGAAUGGACGGGAGGAGACCGACGCCUGCAGAAAAGGAGAAUCGGGAACAUGCUGCAAAGCAAGUAGUGAGGUGGCACAGCUGCGAGAGACAAUCGCCCAUCAAGAGAUGAGGAUCCAGAUGCUUGAAAAGCAGGUCAGUGAGCAGCAGAAGGAGAAUGAGAGGCUCUGGGCAGCGAUCAGUCGUUCUGCGCUACAGGAAGCAGGGUGCGACAGUAACGGAAACCAUCACCCCAAUCGUAUUUCUGGAGCUGGAGGAGGAAGAAGAGGCGGAUUGACAAAUCAUGGAGGCCGAUCUGCUGGGGCCAGUGUGUGAGAUUUAACCUGGAGACGUCCUGGUUUUGGGAGAAGUGUCAAAUGCACAUAGUGGAUUAAGCAAGCUGGUUAGACUGGGAGGUAGAGGCUCGGUGAGAGGUGCAGCAGAGACUGCAUCUCGAUUCCCACCCAGUGGUUACGUUACAGUAUCGAUGUUUAAUAGAGAGCUAAGCUGCAUAAUUACAUUUUAUUGCAUAUGAAAUAAUGUAUAAUGCGUCACACGCUCUCAGUGCACACUUAUUUUCACCUGGUUGUGGUGAUCUAGAAAGUUUCUCCAGACUGAAAUGUUGGCUGGACUCAACAUGAAGCUUUGGACCCAAACACCUGCGAGAGGCAAUCUAAUCAUAGUGUUACGCUGCAAUGUGAAUGUUGGUGGUAUUAUUGUUGACUUAAAGCGAUGUCAGCAUUGAGGCCUCAGACCUUAGUGCCUUAGAUGUGAGACUAGCUUAUGCAGAUAGGAAACUGUUUCCUAAUGAAUCCAAAGUGUUGAGAAAUGAGAAGGUAGGGAGCCAGUAUAUUGGCAUCAUCUUCCAACGUGAAAACAUACUGUAGCUUUCCUAUGAAUCACUUUUCAUUAGGGUCCGAGCACCGAGGGUGCGAAGGACAGGCGGUGCCAGGGCACUGACUGUCCAAGGCACCAGCGGUGCCAAGGACCCUAUUGAAACCCUAGGGUUUAUUAUUAUUAUUAGGGUCCGAGCACCGAGGGUGCGAAGGACAGGCGGUGCCAGGGCACCGACUGUCCAAGGCACCAGCGGUGCCAAGGACCCUAUUGAAACCCUAGGGUUUAUUAUUAUUAGGGUCCGAGCACCGAGGGUGCGAAGGACAGGCGGUGCCAGGGCACCGACUGUCCAAGGCACCAGCGGUGCCAAGGACCCUAUUGAAACCCUAGGGUUUAUUAUUAUUAUUAUUAUUAUUUU